AUGUCGAAUACGUCGACAGAUACUGCCCUGGGGGGCCAAGGCGGUUAUUCGACUAUUUGGCUUGCCCGCGAUCAGGAGCUCGACAAGUAUGUUGCCAUCAAAGUCGGCACAGCUGAUCAAGUUUCGAAAGAGAGCGAUAUUCUCCUCAAACUAGCCGAGAAUCCGACCAAAGAAUCCUCUAGCAAUCUCAUCACUCCAGUGCUUGACCAGUUCACAGUUAAUGGACCUAACGGCACACAUUCUUGCAUUGUCACUGCACCGGCCAGAUGCAGCAUAGCCGAAUCGAUCAAAACUUCGGGAUACAACUCUUUCCAACUUGACGUAGCCAGGGCGCUGGCCGCGCAGCUCAUCAUGGCAACGGCAUACAUCCACCGGGCCGGCUUCGUUCAUGGCGAUAUUCACCUAAGAAACGUGUUGCUCCAAUUGCCUGGAUCAGAGCUCGAUCAUCUUUCCAUCCAACAGGUGUAUGAGAAAUACUAUAAACCAGACCCUUGCCCAGUGACCAGGACUGAUGGUCAGCCGGUCACCUCACCGUCAGUGCCAAAGAAUGUCUAUACGCCAAACUGGCUCGGCAAACCGAGCGACGAAGUUCUACUACCCGAAGCCAAACUAUGGCUCGCCGACUUUGGAACAGCCUUCAACCCUUCACAGGAAACCAGAUUGAUGUCUUAUACCCACUUACAAAACCGGCCACCAGAAGCUAAGUUUGAUCCUAAGAAGCCUCUUACGUUCUCCUCCGAUAUAUGGAGUCUGGGACUUAUGGUCUGGGAGGUCAUGGGUGAUGGGCCAUUCAUGAGCGGCUUUCUAUUCAAUUGGGAUGAGGUAACUACUGACCAGGUUGAUGCACUUGGCCCACUACCGCAGGAAUGGUGGGAGAAGUGGGAGGCAAAGUCAGAUGGGUUUGAGGAAGAUGGGCAGCCCAAAGGGCAACGGGAAUUUUGGUCGCUUGAGAGACGCUUUAAACUGCAUUUUCCAGAUCCGAGAAUGGAAGAGGGCAGUGAAAAGAUGGAUAAUGAUGAGAGUCACGCCUUUCUAGAUAUGAUCAAAGGGAUGCUGCGCUUCAGACCAGAAGAGCGUAUGACAACUGAUCAGGUUCUGCGGUCGAAGUGGAUGAGUAAGCGGGCUCUACCUCUGGCAGAGAAAGCUUGGGGGCGUAAACUCUUGGACUAA